CCCUCCUCGCCGGCCUGAGGAGGAGCUGAGGCGCCGAGGCGUUUCUUUCUCGUGGCCCGAGGAGGAGGAGGAAGAAGAAGAAGCGGCUCCUGUUCGCUGCAGACCCGGAACCCGAGGUCCCCGAGGGAGCGUCCGCUUUCCUUCGCCCGCGUCCAGCCUGGGCGAUGGCAGCGAUGGGGAGACCCGACGCGAACUUCCUGUGGGGCGUCUUCCAAAGGGUCGACAAGGACCGCAGCGGCGUCAUCUCGGAAGUGGAGCUCCAACAAGCGCUCUCCAACGGAACAUGGACUCCAUUCAAUCCAGCAACUGUGAGAUCUAUCAUAUCCAUGUUUGACAGAGAGAACAAAGGUGGUGUGAACUUCAAUGAAUUCACAGGAGUCUGGAAAUACGUAUCUGACUGGCAGAAUGUCUUUCGCACGUAUGAUAGAGACAAUUCAGGAAUGAUUGACAAACAUGAACUAAAGCAAGCACUAACAGGUUUUGGUUAUCGACUAUCUGACCAGUUCUACGAUCUCCUUAUUCAGAAGUUUGACAGACAAAGAAGAGGACAAGUGGCUUUUGAUGACUUCAUCCAGUGUUGUGUUGUCAUACAGAAAUGGACAGAUGUCUUCAGACGCUAUGAUACUGACCAGGAUGGCUGGAUCCAAGUGUCUUAUGAACAGUAUCUCUCCAUGGUCUUCAGUGUUGUAUGACAGCAAAAACUGUUGCACUAGAAUGAGGAUCAGAGUUGCCAGCUGCCCAAUUCCUAAACAUAAAUGGAAAGCUUCUCACUCUCUCAAAUGUUGUAGAGAGGAUGUUUAGAAGUAUAUCAUUUUUAUCUAUAAUAAUAAUAAUUACUAAUAAUCAUGUCCAAUAUCACCUGCUGCUUCGACUCAGCAUUGCAUUAUGUACAUUAAUGUUUUGGAACUUUUUGAAAUGCCAAACAGUAGCAAUGCAUGUGCCUUGUUUACCUUUUUAUAGAUUAAAAAAAAGCCUGAAUUGUA